UUAAAACGCUUUUUCAUAGGUACGCGACGUAGGCAAUUGAUUUUAUUCAAGCACGACGACUGUGCGUAGUACCGUUCCGUACUGUAUUAGCCGCUGGGUGCAAUAAAAAGUAUCGCUUGCCUAGUUUGAAAAUCACGUAUUAUACCUUACUAAGACACUUUCUGAAAUCCGAAAAAAAAUCGUACGAGUUGCUAAAAUUUAUUUUAUAGUUCGGUUUGUCCUUUUUGUGCUGUAGAGGCGUGAUUAUUUUCGUAAAAUAUAAUAUAAUAUAAAAAUUUCAAAAUGGAAGUAGAGGAAAGAGAGGGACAAGAUAUUACUGCUUCAGACAUGAUUGUACCGGAAGAAGACAGCGAUAUAAAGGCUUUCUUUGCCCAUUCAUCAGUUUUCAUCACAGGAGUGACUGGUUUUUUGGGAAAACUGGCAAUGGAAAAGUUACUAUGGACUUGUAAUGAUGUAAAUAAAAUAUUUGUUUUAAUUAGAAACAAAAAGGACAAAAGUCCUGAAGAUAGGCUAGAAGAACUUCUAAAUGAACCAAUUUUUGAACGAUUAAACCGUACAAGCCCCGACUAUAAAGAGAAAAUUCACGUAAUAAAUGGAGAUAUCAGUUUGCCUGGCUUGGGUUUAGAUCUAGCAGAUGAGGCAAUGCUGAUCGCAGAAGUAGAUUGCAUUAUGCAUUUUGCCGCGACCGUUAAAUUUGAUGAGACAUUAAAAUCCGCUACCUAUAUUAACGUCAGAGCAGUACGGGAUCUUAUUGAAAUGGCUAAACAAAUGAAAAAGUUAAAGGCCUUCCUUAAUGUUUCGACCGCCUUCUCCAAUUGUAACAGAAAAGAAAUAGAUGAAGUAUUAUAUGAAGCUCCCAUAACAGGAGAAAAGCUGUUAACAUUGGUUGAAUGCUUAGACGAAGAUCAAUUAAAUGACAUUACAAAAACCAUAAUAAAAGACUUUCCUAACACGUACGUCUUUACGAAAUGCGUUGCCGAGGACCUCAUAAAAACAGAGGGGCAAUCACUGCCGAUAGCGCUAUUUAGGCCUUCCAUAGUUAUUGCGACAGUGAGAGAACCCGUUUCGGGCUAUAUUGACAACAUAUAUGGUGCUACUGGUGCACUAGUGUGUGCUGCCAUAGGAGUACUUAGAAGUUUGCACUGUAAAAAAGAUUAUAAGGCAGAAUUAGUACCCGCUGAUUACGUUAUUAACGGUUGUUUAGCAGCAAUGUGGGAUGUCGCCACCAUAAGAACUUUAAACGAUAAUAAUGAAUUACAUAAUAAGGAAAGCAGAGAAAGUAAAUUUCAUUCGGAUGUACCUGUUUAUAAUUAUGUUAGUUCUCCAGAAAAUCCACUAACUUGGAAUGAAGUUCAGUCUUUAACCAUAAAACAUAGCAGAGAAGUACCAUCUGAGAAAAUUGUUUGGCAUUACAUGUUCAAGAUGAGGUCUAAUUACGUGGAACACAAUAUCGCUGUGUUUUUCCUGCAUACGCUGCCGGCAUACAUAAUUGAUUUUGUUUUAAUGUGCUUAAGGAGAAGAACCUCGGUGGUGAAAAGUUACAAGAAAAUUAACAAGUUUGCAAAUGUUUUAACACAUUUUACAAUGAAUGAGUGGAAGUUUAGAAACGAAAAUGUCAAAUCUUUAUGGAAAAGAAUGAAAAAGAAUGAUAAAGAACAUUUUGACUUCAAUAUAGCAACCCUAAAUUGGGAUUUUUACUUUCAUACUUACAUCAGAGGAGCUAGAGUUUAUUUACUGAAAGAUCCGUUAGACACUAUUCCACAAGGUACCAGAAGAUAUUACAAAUUAAUGAUAGCCCAUUAUUUUCUUUUGACAGCAUUUUGGCUUUUAUUUGUUAAGUUCAUCUUUUUAAUAUUGAAGUUAUUUUUAUAACUAUAUUUUGUACAGUUCAUUGUCUAUUUUUUUACUAAAGUAACAGAAGAUUGUGCCUAACGCAUAUGAGCAAAUAUUUAAAUAAUUAUUUCUACUUGAAAUUUUCAUCCAGUGAUAUUGGUUUAUGCAGGGCGUCCCAGAAAUAAGUGCAAGUAUUUUAAGGGGUGGUAGAUCUGGUCAAAAGAAACAUUUUUUCUCUUUACCGUUUUUCAAUUAUGUCUAAAAUAACAGAAUUAUUUUAC